CUGGGAGACAAAGUUUCCCGACCCGGCGGCUCCGGCACCCAGGAUCCAGCCUGAGACCACCGUCCAGGCGUGGAUGCUGGUUCAACACCUGUGACUUCACGUGUUACCUACCACCUGCCACAUCUGUAGUCACAUCCAUAGCCACCUUUGCCAAGAAAUCCACACCCAGGCAACGUCUGUGGCCACAAGACCCCACUCCCCAUCUGUGACCACCCCACACUUGUAACACCUGAGUCACACCUGUGGUGGCACAGGAACAGUCUCACCUGUGGUGACACCUGACAGCCUCCUGUGACCAAAGCCCGUCACCCCGGCCUGUCUCAGUCACUGUCCCUUCCCUGCGGUGGGAGCGAUGGCCUUGGCUUCCGAGAGAGGGACCCCACGCGUGCUGUUUGGAGAGUGGCUUCUGAACGAGGUCAGCAGCGGCCGCUACGAGGGGCUGCGGUGGCUGGACGAGGCCCGCACGCGCUUUCGUGUGCCCUGGAAACACUUCGCGCGCAAGGAUCUGGGCGAGGCCGACGCGCGCAUCUUCAAGGCGUGGGCCGUGGCCCGCGGCAGGUGGCCGCCCAACAGCUGCACGGGCGCCCAGCCGCCCCCCGAGGCUUUGGAGCGCGCCGGCUGGAAAACCAACUUCCGCUGCGCCCUGCACAGCACGCGGCGCUUCGUGAUGCUGCAGGACAACUCGGGGGACCCCGCGGAUCCGCACAAGGUGUACGCGGUCAGCCCCGCGCCGGGCUGGGGAGGUCAAGGCAGCGACAGAACGGAAGAAGAGGCCCCUACAGAUGGCCGGCUCAUGAGGGGUGAGCCCCCUGGGCCGUUCCUGGGAGAAGCUGGUGAGAGGCCCGAGCCUGUGCUGGGCUGGGCUGGAGCAACUGGACAGAGAUCUGAGCCCUGCACCUCGAGCCCUCAGCCCACCCCGGCUGCUGAUGCCAGGGACCUUUUGCACCAGGCUCUGCAGCACACCCACCUAGGAGACCAUCUGCUGGAAGAGGCAUGGAGGAUGGAUUCAGCCCCCCAGCAGCCUCCUGGCCCAGCGCUUGUCUCAGAGGAGCUGUACUUGCCAUGGGCAGAGGCGGCCCCCAGCUGCCCACCACAGCCCCCGGCCCAGCACCAGGCCCUGAUGACAGAUGCCGCCUGGACCCCCGCCUUGGAGCCCUCGCAGGAGGCGGGGCCCGCGCCCUCUCCCCUCACCGGCGCCCCACUGGCAGAAGGCGGCCUGGCGGUCUUGGAGGUGACCAUCCUGUACAAGGGCCGCCCGGUGCUGCAGGAGGUGGUGGGCCGCGCGAGCUGCGUGCUCCUGUACCGGACCCCCGGCCCCGCCGCCGAGGCCGUGGACGCGCAGCUCGUGGCCUUCCCCAGCCCCGCCGAGCUCCCCGACCAGAAGCAGCUGCGAUACACGGAAGAGCUGCUGCGACACGUGGACCCGGGGCUGCAGCUGGAGCUGCGUGGAGGCAGCCUGUGGGCGCGGCGCCUGGGCAAGUGCAAAGUGUACUGGGAGGUGGGCGGCCCCCUGGGCUCCGCCAGCCCCUCCAGCCACGCCUGCCUGCUGCAUCGCAACUUCGACACCCCCAUCUUUGACUUCGGAGUCUUCUUCAGGGAGCUGGUGGAGUUCCGGGAACGGCGGCGCCAGGGCUCCCCACACUACACCAUCUACCUGGGCUUUGGGCAGGACCUGUCUGCGGGGCGGCCGAAGGAGAAGAGCUUGGUGCUGGUGAAGCUGGAGCCCUGGCUCUGCAGGAUGUACCACGAGGGCGCACAGCGCGAGGGCACGUCCUCCCUCAACAGCAGCAGCCUCGGCCUCUGCGUAUCCAGCUCUAACAGCCUGUAUGACGACAUCAACCACUUCCUCAUGGAACUGGGGCAGCCGCCCUAGGCUGGACCCCCCGGGCCCCCCCGGUGAAUAAAAACAGC